CACAUGACUUCAGAUGAAGAUCCCUGGAAAGCAAAGUCUAAAGAAGUGAGGGGGCACCAGUGGGCGAGGAUUUAGAGUGACACGUCAAGAAUGUGUUAAGAAAAAUAAUUCACCUUGGCCAGCAUCUGCUCUACUUCCCUAUCACAGCAGGGCUGUGUCAGCAACUACCAGUGGGGACACUUCCUGAUUGGUUUGCGACACUGCUGGCUCCAGGGCCAGAGGAAACACAGAAGUAUAAGCAGGAGAAGUGCAGAGUGGCCGCGUGACUGUAAAGAGCAAAGAAGGGCUGAAGCAAGGGGAGGCCGUGUUUACUCCACUGCAGGCCGCUGCUACACCAUGUCUCUGGCUGAGACCAUCCGACUGUGGAACGAAGGAGUGUGUGCUACAGACCGCAAGGACUGGACAGCUGCGCUGGAUGCUUUCACUUCAGUGCAGAACCCCCCUUCCAAACUCUGCUUUAACAUCGGCUGCAUCCACCUGAUCCUGGGGAAUCUGGCUGAGGCAGAGCAGGCGUUUGCCAGGAGCAUUGACCGUGACAAGCACUUAGCCGUGGCCUAUUUCCAGCGUGGGACAGUGUUUUACAGGAGAGAGAACUACAAAUUGGCCAUUGAGGAUUUUAAAGAGGUGUUGGCCCUGCUACGAGGGAACCUGCUGAUAGACUACAAGAUCCUGGGGCUGCCAUUCAGGCUGUUUGCUUGUGAGGUGUUGUAUAACAUAGCCCUGCUGUAUGCCAAGCUGGAGGACUGGAGAAAAGCUGAAGAGCAUCUGACGCUGGCGAUAAGCAUGAAGACUGAGCCCCGGCACAACAAGAUUGACAGGGCGAUGGAAGCCAUCUUGAAGCAUAGACUCUUUGAGCCGGUGGUGAUUCCUCUGGGGAAGCUGUUUAGGCCAAAUGAAAAGCAAGUGGCUCAGCUGGAGAAGAAGGAUUACCUGGGAAAAGCUACGGUCGUGGCGUCUGUCGUCGACAAGGAUAGUUUUUCAGGGUUUGCUCCGCUUCAGCCGCAGACGUGUGGCCCCCCACCCAGACCAAAGACACCAGAAAUCCUCCGGGCCCUGGAAGGGGAGCCUCACCGUGUGCUGUUCGAGUUCACGCCCGAGACCGCAGAUGAGCUGCAGGUCCUGCCGGGAAACAUUGUCUUUGUCCUGAGGAAGGGGAAGGACAACUGGGCCACUGUUAUGUUCAACGGGAAGAAAGGGAUUGUCCCCUAUAACUACCUUGAGGCCGUGGAGCUGCAGAACCAGCCGCAAGUCCGGGAGGAAUCGCCUGCUGAGUUGGACAUCCCUGCCCCACCCAGUUCCACCGCUCCGGAAAAGCCCAGGUCUCCAGCACCAGCUCACGGUCCUGGUACUUCUGGAAAACAGCAGCAAGAAGCUGCAAAGGAUGUAGGAUCAGCUACCUCAAGCCCAUAUGUUCUCAAGGUGCAUUACAAGUAUACAGUAGCAAUACCAGUCCGGCUUGGAAUCACCUACAGCGAACUCCUGGACAUGGUGUGCAAGAAACUGGAGCUCUCACCAGAGCAUACAAAACUGAGGUACCGGCCUGCAGAGAGCGAGCAGCUGGUAACUCUGAGCGAGGACAGCAUGAAGACAGCAUGGAGUCACGCUAAGGACUAUUACCUGACACUGUGGUGCGACGUCACAGAGGGAGACAAAGAUUUACCCAGAAGAGAAGAUGGCCAAGCUGAGGAGGGUACCCAGAAGACACCACCACAACAGCUGGAAGCAAAUCACGUGGUAGCUCGAUACAGUUAUGAAGCCAUCCAGCCUGAGGACCUGGAGUUCCAGGCAGGAGAUGUGAUACUUGUUUUAUCCAAAGUGAAUGAAGAGUGGUUGGAAGGCCAGUGCAAGGGGAAGGUGGGUAUUUUCCCCCGAGCUUUUGUUCAAAAAAGUGAUGUCGAAAACCCUGAAAUCUAAUUCCACAGAAGCCUGAGGACGCCAGGACAUGCAACAGUAGUGUUUAAGAUGUCUCCUCUCGUUAACCACUGUAUACAGAAAUGUGACCCUCAUGUGUAAGAAAAGCCUUACUUUUGUUUCACCUUUUGGUUUGCCCCAGCUCUUAUUUAAACAUGUCCCAGUUAGCACCUUGUUUAUGAACCAUCUCCCAGCACGGAGACUAGCCACUCAGACCUGCCUGAACUCUUGUGCUCUUAGACCACUUGAGAAGCAGCAGCUCUCCCCACAUCUAUUCUGCCUCUGGCAAGAAUCAGGAAACCACUUCUCAAAGAGAGCACUACUCUUCUAUUUAUGGCACUGCCAGCAAGAAUGGAACAGGAGCUGGCGGUCAGGUGCGAAGGAUCCGGACAGGUUAAUCCUGCCACAUCAUUAGUCACCUGUCAGCAUCCAUAACUCUACCACUCCCGUUCCUCCUUCCAAAAUUACUGUCUUUUUUCUGCUCCAUCAUUCAAUAAAAUGGUUCUUCUUUCA